AUGGUUAGAGCUAGGUGUGAGAGUGAGACUGCUGUUAGUAUUAUAAGACGCCAACCAUAUUGUAUACAAUGCUAUCGAAGCGGUCCACAAUUACCCUCUGGUUCAGUCCUGACACCCUGCAAAGAAUGCUAUCUAGUAUCAACUUGCACAACAUGUCCAUCAACCCUCCCACCACACGAAUGCCCGACCUACCAACGAGUCGGCAGUCUCGAGAACUUCCGCAUCGCUCAUUUCACCCACAGCGGUCAAGUAUACGCACAAGCACCAACCGACUCACCCCGAAAACACUACCGCAAACUCUCAACCGCCAAAAAUUGGUAUGAAUACUUCUCCUCGAUAUCCGACAAGAAAGAGGCCGUUGAAAACGUCAUCACCCCCUCCUUUGACCUCAACCUCCCCCUCCUCGCUCAAGCCGACGCGGAAACGCAAAAAUCACUCCAACGACUCUGGCUCUAUCUGACUCUCGCCACCGAAACGCAAUCUAUGCCCCUAACCAUCCUCGCAGCCCUCGAACUCACCAUCCCAUCCCUCGCCACAAAAACAGAGCUGACGAUCCACCUCAUCGGCGCAGGCGCCAAAGAACUACAAAACCUGCUUAUCUUCGAGGAACUAUUACAUUUGCUCCCAUCCCUCAAAACAUUGAAACUCGUCUUCGCCGGCCCGGAAUGCAAGAACAGCGGCGCGACCCCCGACGACCCGGUGCCGGAGAUGCAAGCAACCUGUUGUCCCGACUGCACCAAAGCGGGCAGGAAAAGGGUCAUGGCGUUGUGCUCCGAGGUAUACCAUUCUUUCGCCAGCAUGCCACAAUGGAAGCGUCCCGAUCUCGCGGUGUUGUUUCAUAGUGGCCGUAGUCAGGAUGGGGUGGAAGGGUGGAAACCUACGACGGAGUGGCUGGUAAACAGCGGGAUUCCGACGGUGUGUACGACGUAUACGGAGAGGGAGGCUCGGGAGGAGGUGGGGGAGUUGGAGGCGCUGGGGGCGAGGUUCGUGAGGGGCGUGGAGGUUAAUGGGUGGAGGAGUUUGGUGCAUCGGCUUGAGCCGAUGGAGGGCGGGGAACAUGGGUUUUAUUUUGAUAAUUUUUGGUGGUAUGUUUUUGAGGGGAGGGAGUAG